AUGGAUUCAGAAACGCCUGAUCUAGGCCCUUCCUGUCAACCACUGGACCUCUCUACCCAGCCACAAAGCACCUCUGAUCAAAGGACCUCAGGAUCAGAACCAAGUGAAAAUGAGCAGAUGUCCAGCCAAUCAGACAGCAAUUCCAGAAAGCACACUGAAGGAUCAGCUCAGAUGGUGAAAACAGCCAGGAAAAGACGACACUCUUCCAAGGACUCAAGCUGGUUUUCCAUAGGAAAUGAGGGCAGCUCCCCUGGGAAAAAGAGACUCAAGACUUCAGUAAAGAAAGCUGAGCCAAAAGCCAAUGGCCACCAAGAUGGAUUAGCCCAUUGCCCAGAGCCUCAGGGCACAUACCCACCACCAAUUCGGAAGAGCCUGGUGAACUUUCUGCGGGGGAAGUCUGAGGAGAUUUAUGGAGACACAGUCCAGAUGCAGGACCAGCAGUAUGGUUCCCUGCUCAACCAGGAGCAGCUCUCUCAGCUCAGACAGCUCUCAGAGUCUCUGACAGCUAUGGUGCACACCUUCUACAGCAUGGCCAACCAGGCAGGCUUUGGCUUCCCUGCUGAGGGCUGGCUUGUCCCAGCCCCCAUGUCUUCCCCUCAGGAGCUGGUUGGCAAGGAAUCUCAGAGUCCUUUGUUGGAGGGCGGAGAGAAGACCACAGAUCCUGUCAGCUCAUCGGACAAGUCCUGA